CCAAGCUCCCUGUGCCUUCAUUUGGAAUUUGGAGGAGUGAGCUUUCAGCCCUAGCACUUUGGGCAAACAACCACGCACUGCGUCAUCAAGCGCCCGUUUCCUCUUUGGGCCCAGCCUCAUCGUCUCUCAUCUCCUCACCAACGUCUCGUCUCCCCGUCUUUAUCUCUAUCCUCGACUUCAAGUUCUUCAACACUCCCUUUUCAUCAAUCCGGUCUUCUUUCUCUUCUCCUUGUCUCCUUUGUUUAGAUCUUCUACCAGGGUGGUGGUUCCGUACCCUUAUAGCUCUUGAAAUGCAUAGUCCCGAUUGAUAUCCUCACCUGUGCUCCACCCCCAACCUGCUUGUUAUUAUCAGCUGAGAAACAACACGGGACCUCCGGUGUACAUCUGGCGUCUGGUUUCCCUCUCUUUCUACAGAUUAUAUUACUACUAUCAACCAUACAAUCCCCUCUUGUUUAACGGCUAUUUUCUUUGUUAUUGGCUCCCCUUUAUUGUCCUCUACCCGUUAUAAACGUCACUUAAUUGUCUGUGCACCGCUAUAUCUUGCCCUUGGGUUACGGGCAUAUACAUAUCUCCUCCCCGUCCGCCCACCGCCCCUUCGAUUCUGCCCACGUAGUCAGAUCAGAAGCCGUUAUUUAAACUUUAGUGUCAAGAGUCUUACCAAGUGGUGGCACAUUCUUAACUGGGUCCCUCUGGUUUCUCGACUUGUCUCAACUCCUUUUGUUGCAUGAUCCCACAUCAGCCGGCCCAAGGACACAGCAUGCAGCCAAACCACCUUGAGCCUCACCGGCCUGUUUCCGACGGGAACCAGGAACGUAUAAUGCAUGGCGCCAGAGAUGCUGUCACGGCCCCUCCCCCACGAGAAACUGUUAUUCAAUCACGAAAUACAUCUGGUGGACGACAUAACAGAUCAGAGGACUCCUGGAUAGAAGUGGCGUCUCAACCGUCAUCCUCCUCCCUGUCGUCUGUCACCGCAAACGAUGAUAUUAUCACAACAGGGCUUCGGGUACGGCAACGCCGUCACCAUAGGAUCCAACGCCACACUUCUGCAUCCGAUAAUUUUAACAUCCAUUACUCGCGUCGGUCACCUAGUGUUCCGGGAAGUAGUCAAGACGAAUAUGAAGAGAGUGAGAGCGAGUCAGAUCGUGUGCUAAGCAGUUCUAACGAAGAUAUCGCUGCUCGAAGUCGUGGAAAUGUGGUACUUAUUCGUGGGAAUUCGUCCGCGUCUGAGGCUACGAUUUCUAGCGAUGAAGAUGAUAACUCUACCGCUCUUGGACUGAACUCGAACCCACCGGCCUUCACUCCACAGCCAAAUGCAUUCUCGCACCCUCCCGCUUCGCAAACCCAACGACCAAGACAGUCCCACUUUGUUACAAACCCAGCAUCAACACGUUCAAGCUACAGGCCGGGAACAAGAAGAAACUCGCGCUCCAGUAUACACUCUGCGCGACACCGCCAACAACAGCAUUCCCCUUACAAUAUGAUAUCUCCGUCAUACCAAGCUGAUAACGACGCUGCUCUUCGCGCAAGCCUUUCCACACUUCUAUCAUGCGCGGCCGCAGCCCGUGGCUUGCCCAAACAUGACACCCAGCCUCCAACAGCCGAGAGACCUGAACCUGCUGCCUUCCGAUUAGUUCCCGAAUCUGUUGCUCUGGGAGAAGACCCCAGUCAAGAACGUGCCAGGGAAACAGUCCCUACGUUUAAUAACAUCGCAGGACAACAGAGUCGCACUCCACGCUCCGCGUCCUCCAAACGUGCCGCAUCGCCUAAUUCAGCCCACAAAGCAAGACGAAAACCAAGCCCAUCUCGCAAUCACUCUCCAUCCUCAAAGCGAUCACGCCGUGUCUCUAUGUCCCAGUAUUCAUCGAUCAUCACUCCCACCGUUAUGACGUGGGUCAUCAGCGCUGGUGUGGUUGUUUUGUUCUCUGCCAUUAGUUUCUCUGCUGGCUACGUUCUUGGGCGAGAAGUGGGCCACACUGAAACUGCACAUGGACUUGGGAGUAAUGGGCUUGGUGGGUUCCUCAAUGGGAGUAGCUCAGCGGAUGAUCAAGUAUCCGGUAUCAGGGCCGGUGCUGGGUGUGGGAAGGAAGCGGUCAAAGGCGGAUUGAGAAGACUUCGGUGGGUUGGAGGUAGCGCAGGGUCCAGCAUCAGUGCUUAAAAGACGUUAAAAUGUCUGCCCGACCAAACAUCGAGUAAAAAAAGACUUACCGCUCGCAAGAACGAUCGAGUUUUUCACAACACCACUCUACCAAUCCAACUUAACCAUAGUUUUCGCCAACACCCAUCUAAAUUUACGGACCGCAGUCCCCUGCUGACGACAAUAACGAUAUCUGUCCGAGAUAACGACCAUAGAGACAGGAGAUAGACUGGUUUCGAGUUUUCUAUUGCUGUUCGACGGCCACUGCAGAUGGACCGCAUACUUGGGAGUCAUUACUUUUUUAAUCUCAAAUUUGGGAGGAGGAGGUUGUUGUUGUUUCCUAGUAUCCCUUCAGGCGUUCGUCUCGUGUUUCUUUGUUGGUUUCCAAGUUAUUCAUUUCCUUUGUUACAGUGUUUCCUUUCUUCGUGGGGCUUAGUUUUAUGUUAUGAUGUGACGUUUGCUCCUCUUUUACCUUCUUUCGCCUAUUCCAAUCCCUUCUCUCAUCUUCUAUUCCCACUCUAUACUUCCGUUCUUCAUUCCCCAUCCUUCUCAAUUCUCUUAAUUCUUGCGUCUUUGCGAGCAUUGCACCACAUUUGCAUAGUUAAUGUUUACAUGGUGUUAUCCAUUUCAUUUUUAUUUUCAUCUAAAUGUCAGGAAAAAAUGCACAUAACUGAGCGAACGUCAAUGCCUGGCUUUUAAUACAUAUGCUCUUACGAAUAUAACUUAAUUUAUAUCCUACUUUCCCGGACCCUCCCCAUCCCUAGUUUUCUGAAUCAUCGGGCCUAUAUUUGAAGCUCUACAGGGAGGGUUUGAGCAUCGGUUUGGUAGCAACGUAGCGAGAAUAGACCCAGAUUAUCCCAAAUGGC